GUCGCCGCAGCGCCUUAAGGAGGGAUUGGCCAAGGCCGGUCUCUGUGCUGAGACCCACCCUCCAAGAGCAAGGCGGAAGUGCGGGGCACGCCGAGGGGCGGAGGCUGGAGAGGCGAGGACGCAAUGAGUGGGCUCGGCAGACUCUUCGGGAGGGGGAAGAAGGAGAAGGGGCCAACCCCUGAAGAAGCAAUACAGAAACUGAAGGAGACUGAGAAGAUAUUGAUUAAGAAACAGGAGUUUCUGGAACAGAAGAUUCAACAGGAGCUGCAAACAGCCAAGAAGCAUGGAACCAAAAACAAAAGAGCUGCCCUGCAGGCUUUGCGGAGAAAGAAAAGAUUGGAACAGCAGCUGGCACAAACCGAUGGGACGUUAUCCACCCUGGAGUUUCAGCGUGAGGCAAUUGAGAAUGCCACCACCAAUGCAGAAGUGCUUCGUACCAUGGAGCUGGCUGCCCAAGGCAUGAAGAAAGCCUACCAGGACAUGGACAUUGACAAGGUGGAUGAAUUGAUGGCUGACAUCACAGAACAACAGGAAUUGGCCCAGCAGAUCUCAGAUGCCAUUUCUCGGCCUGUGGGCUUUGGAGAUGAUGUGGAUGAGGAUGAAUUACUGGAAGAACUAGAGGAGCUACAGCAGGAGGAAUUGGACCAGGAGUUGUUAAAUGUGGGCAGCAAGGAGGAAGAACCGCCAGUCAAAUUGCCUAGUGUACCUUCUACACAUCUGCCUGCAGGGCCAGCUCCCAAAGACGAUGAAGAUGAAGAAGCAUUAAAACAGUUGGCUGAAUGGGUAUCCUGAUGAGUCUUGGGCUUGUCCUCCUCCUGCUGCCUUCAUUAGUCCCUUUUCCUUAAGUGCCAAAUGCUGAGCUAAAGGAGCACAGCUGUUUUGGGAGGUCUUGCUGAGGUGGUAGUAUGCCUGUCUGAGAAAGGGACCUGUUGCCCUCCCAUCCCUGGCUGAAUGCUAAAGGAUCUUGCUGCAGGAGCCCCUGGGCGCCCUUCUCUUUGAUAGCAGUUACAGUGCCCAUGUUCCCAAUAAAUUGGGUGGAUGGAUCCCCAGUGUCUAUACUGUUCUGCCUAUACCUGAAACUCUUCCCUGGUUCUUGGAGCUGUAUUUUAAGCAGUGAACAAAGUUAACACUGAGUCAUGAGCAGGGGUUGGAACAUAGAACAAAUGGGUGUUUUUAAUAUCUUCACCUGUAUUCUAGGGAAACAACUCCAUAUCCUAAAGGUGCUUAGUGUUGAGGUUAAGCAAACUUCCAGUGUUAUCUUAGAAGUAUGUGGAACUAUCUCUAGUCUUGACUCAUUUCUUUUGUCAGUCAUAAUCUCUCUUCAUUUUCCUUUAAAGCACAUUUUCAAGGACAGGGAGGGAGAAUACAAGUAGCUUUCCUUUAUCCAGAACUCAAAGUGCUUAGCUUUCAUAACUAGAAGACUUGGUGUGAACUCUAUCACUUGUGUCUGGGAGUAACAGUACAAGGAGUUCUGACUCCCUGGUAUUGUUUUCAAUAGCAGUUAAUGUGGAGUUGAAGGAGGGAGGAGCCAAAGUACUAAACACAGCCUAAUAUUCAUUUGUGAAAGAAUAUACAAUGCUAUCACUUUGGACUAUAGAUAGGCAGAACUACAAAGUAGAAUAUCCAGGACUUGUUCCAACCACUGCUUGAACAUUGAGAUGCAAAAUAAUGAAAUAAUGAGUACAUACUUACUUGGGUGUUAAUCUGGGUAUCUGCCCCACCCCACCCCCCAUGGACUACACUGAAUUACUGUUGAUUUACACAGGUGUUAAGAUUACUGGUGGGCUGGGGAGAUAGCUCAGCUGCUAGAGUGCUUGCCUUGCAAGCACAAGGCCCUGAGUUCGAUCCCCAGUAC